GAUAUUAAAUUGAUUUAGAAGUUCAAUGUGCUCUCAAGUUUAUAAUUCAGUCUAUUAAGUGCUCCUUUAAGUGCAAACAAAAGAAAAACGUUGACAAAAAAUCUUAAAAACAAACUUAAACUAUUUGACUUCACUUAACUGAUGUAGUAAUUACAAUAAAACAUCAAAAGAAGACAUACAUACAUAUUAGCGUCACUUCAUGUAAAUUGAGCCAAACACAAUCCAAGGGAUUGUCUUUGGAGUUUUGGGAUUACAACAUUACAGGAUAUAAUGGAGUUUAAGAAUUUUCACCUGUUGCGGCACCGGACACAGACUGUUUAUAAAAAUCAUGUUUGCAGUAAAGUGCAACGUCUUAAAUUGUCAUGGAAUCAAUAUUUGUUAAUAAGAAAUUGCAAAAUAAACUGUGGAUUCAUGUGUAGAGUGUAUGGACGUAUUGGCAAAUACGUUUUCUCCCUUAUAACCUCAAUAAUCGAUCAGUGUUGUGGGUCUUAUAGAAUUGAUGUUAAUCUUACUAAUCUUCAUGUGGGCGAUCGUAUAUUGGAAGUGAAUGGUACACCGAUAAGUGAUAAUUCCAUAGAACAAAUUGAUAAAAUGAUUAGAAGCACAGAAAUCUUACAGUUAACGGUGGAACAUGAUCCCAUACAAGUGUGUCGCAGUUGUAGUCAUGUGGAUAUUAAAAAGGUAACUAGUGAGGUGUCAUUGCCUUUGGCUACCUCUGCCUCUAGUGUGGAAGUUUUUGGCCGUAACUAUGACAGUGGUGGUAGUUGUACUACCACAGCCACCGCUGCCACAACUUGCAAUAUUAGUCCUUUACAAAACAAGGAUGGUUCACCCACACGUCUUACGAAACAGGAUAAAGAACGUAUUUAUAAACGUAAAGAUGAAGGCUAUAUAAGUGGCACCAAGACACGUCAAUUGCGCAAUAAGGCAGCCUGUAUAAAUAACAAUAACCAGCAGCAGGAUAAGAACAAUUCCACCUCCAUGUCAUUUAGAGGAAAAGAAAGAUGUUCUAGUAUGUCAAAGUUAAUGGGAGAUCAGCAUACAGCUCAUAACGAUCGCAUGUAUGAUUUAACACGCACCACUUCUUUUCGUGUAGAACAAAAACCUCAAAGAGUAUUUCGUCCUUCGGACUUGGUAAUAGGCGAACUAUUGGGUAAAGGUUUCUUUGGUCAGGUCUUUAAGGUUACCCAUCGCAUUACCAAGGAGGUAAUGGUUUUAAAGGAGUUACAUCGUGUUGAAGAAACAGCUCAAUUGAAUUUCCUUAAAGAAGUGGCCGUUCUCAAGUCAUUGAAUCAUAAAAAUGUUUUAAAGUUCAUUGGUGUUCUCUAUAAAGAGAAACGUUUACAUUUGGUGACAGAAUAUGUGGCGGGUGGUUCUCUUAAAGAACUAUUACAUGAUUCUGGUUUACCUUUGACCUGGCCAGAGCGUAUUUCCUUUGCCAAGGAUAUAGCCUGUGGCAUGUCUUAUUUACAUUCCAAAAAUAUCAUACAUCGUGAUUUGAAUUCUCUUAAUUGUUUGGUUAAAGAAGAUAAAACCAUUAUAGUGGCAGACUUUGGUUUGGCUAGAAUUAUAAACACCUCACUCAGCAGUAGAUAUAGUGAGAAAUGGCAUUCCUCCGAGAGAUCUAGUUCUCAGGAAGGUGGUGGUAAAACGAAUCAACAAAAAUCCGAUGACUCUGCCAAUAAUAACACUCCCAGUAAUAGUAAUAAUAAUGGUUCAAUGGGUCGCAGUAAAAGUAGAUUGCGGCGACAACGUUAUACCGUAGUGGGUAAUCCCUAUUGGAUGGCUCCCGAAAUGAUGAAAGGUUUUAUUUAUGAUGAAAAAGUGGAUAUUUUCUCGUUUGGCAUAAUGUUGUGUGAGAUCAUAGGUCGGGUUCAGGCCGAUCCAGAUUUUUUACCUCGUACCCAUGAUUUUGGUUUAAAUCAAAAGGUAUUCCGCGAAAAAUUUUGCUAUCAAUGUCCCGAAGCUUUUUAUAAAAUUGCUUUCUUAUGCUGUGAUCUUAAUCCGGAUAGAAGACCUCCCUUCGAAACCCUAGAAACAUGGCUAGAAUGUCUACACACUAAGGUGUCUACCAAUCAACCAGUACCUCAGCAAUUGCUCUACGAUAUAGAAAACUAUAUAGGAGGCAGCAUUAGCUCAACACCCGUAGAUGUUCUAACACCCAAAUCCAAUCUUAGUCGUGAUAACAUAGAUGAAGUGGGCAAUUCAAAUCAUUCACUUAGAGAGCUAGCCGACAUUACCAACUUGAAAGAGAAGGAACUUUUAAAUGCUGCCGCCCCAACAGAAGAAGAUGAAGAGGAAAAAGUCGAGUCCUAUAAACUGCCAGAUGGCAUACCAAAAUCACCACAUUUGGGUAAAGAUUUUUCACCCUCGGGCGAACGUAUACACAAUAGCCGACGUGCCCAGCGUAGGCAAAGAUUUUUGCAAGCACAAAAUGCCAGCCAGCAACAAAAUGAAGAUGAACGCACGGAUCAAGUAUUGCAGGCUGUAAAGGAUAGUCUGCAACAGGAAAGUGUACGCAAUAGUCGUCGUAAAGUGGACAGAGGUUUUGUGUUGGACAUCAGUCGCAGUGGGGUGUUAAGCAUCAAUAAUGUUAGAGAUUUAAAUAAUUUAUCAGAUUUUGAUUCAAGUUGUGAUACCAGUCUUAAUUAUCACGAAGUCAAUAACAUGGAGGAGAUCCUUACAAAUGACAACAACACAAAUGCUGCGGAAAUAAAAGACAAUACCUUAAAAACCAUACAGGAAUCAAGUGAUGAUCAGGUUGAUGCUAAACGUACAAAAAAUACCAUAGACAAUACACCUUCCAUAAACAUUAACACCGCCCAUGCUAGAGAAGAAGAAGGAGAAGACGAAAAAGUACCAGAAGUAACUACUCAAGCCAUAGAUUCGUUACACAAUGUCAAACGUAAUCUUGCCGAAAAAUCGUACAAAAGUGCCCUUGAUGAUAUACGCACAAGACUGAAUAUAUGCAAAACAAAGUUCGAUACCAUUGAAGAGGCCAAUCGUAAGAAUUACAAUCAAUCUCAAAACUCAAUGAGAUCAUUUUUCAAAGUACAAAAUAGCACCAAUGAUGAUGUAUAUAAAUCACCACCCGACACUUACAAAAUGUUCAGUGCUCUCAAAUCUACAAAUACCUCAGCGAACGAUAGAGAAGAGGGUAAGAAAACCUAUAGAGUCAAUCAAACACCCGUCUUUGGUCGUAAAUCCCAGACAGCCCUUAAUGAAAGUUAUAAACCACAUUCGGAUUCAUUGGAAAAUUUAGAUAAAAUCGGUUUAUCUGUAACAAAUAAAAUGCCGGAUAAAAAAGACUUAAGUCCGCCCAAGAAAGCGAAACUGCCGAAGGAAAGAACUUUUAAGAGUUAUAUAACGUCAUUGGAAAUGACACCCUCCGACAUGGCUGUGGAGCAAUUACCACCCAAAAAGGAGAAAUCGAAAGUUAGCACAAAUUUAUUGGGUCUAAGGAAAUCGUUAAACUUUAACUCACCCACCAGAAUGGAAGACACAAAGUCUUUUAGUCGCCGCACACUGUCACCCACGAAAUCGAGUGAAGCUAAACGGGUGGUUAAACAGGAACAACCAACAACUUCACGUCUACGCAACGUUGCAACUUCACCGCCUAAACCACUCAAUUCAUCCUCUUCGAAUACAACCCGCCUGACAAUAUUAAGUCCCGAAAAGAUACAUCGUUUAAAUGCCAAAUUAAAUGAUCAGAAAAAAUCCAUAAAAUCCCCCACCACCAACUCCUUCUCUUCCUCCUCACCCACAACAAAAACCUCUAUUAAUGAUAUUAAACCAUUACAAAAUUCUCCUACAAAUAAUACAACAACAAGUCAUUCCAUUAGAGGGACAACAGAUAAUGAACGAACAAAACGAAAUGCCGUAUCAAGAUCCCAAUUUUAUACUAGAUAUUAAGAAAUCUUUACAACCACAACAAACACAUUCCCUCCCUAACAAGAAUCUCAUUUUAAGAAAACAAGAAAAACAUUAUAUUUUAAGAUUUUAAAAACGAAAAGAAAAAAGAUUAAAAACGAACGAUGAGGAAAAUAUUAUUGAAAACGAUUUCUUUUUUUCAAAAUUUUGCUCAAAAAACGAUACAAUCUCCCUCUCUCUCUCUCUUCUUUAUGUAAAAUAAUGUAUAAAAUCUAACAAUUAAACUAAAGAAACAUUUUAUACGUUUCAAGUGCCUGAGAAAAAAUACAUCAUUUAGCAAUAUAUUAAAAUAUAUAUAAAAAAGGACUUUAAAGGAUUAUACAAACAAAUAAUUAUAAUAAUAACAAAUAUACAAUUAAACGCUCUUUGUAAACCAGUUAUUGAUACACAAGAAAACAUAUUUUUUAUAAAAUGUUGUAGUGCCAUUAAUUUUAAAGCUUAUAAAAACUUAAGUUAAUUUUUAAACAAAUAAUUUAAAAUAUUUCAUUUUUCUUAAUUUCUUAAUAAGUCCAACAAGAUUUAACAGUAUUUGUCUUAACUCUUUUGUGUAAUUACUUAAUAGUUUUCUUUAAAGGAUUUAUUGUCCUACAUUUUGGUUUUAUUUAGAAAAAAAACAAAAAUUGCUCAAAAAAAGACCUUUUUACAAAAAAAGAAAAAAGACAAAAUUUUAGUUGUUUUUUAUUUUCAUUAUUUUAACCCAAAACUAGUAUUAAAUGUCUAUUAAAUUGUGUAUAAAUAAGUUGUUAGUGUAGCAGAGAAAAAAACUAAUUUUUAAUUAAUUGUUAUCUUGUGUUUUAAGUCUUGUUUGAAAUUUAAGAAAAAAAAAAACAAAAUGUUAAAAAAUAUUUAUAAAUUGUAAUAACACUUGUAUUUUUAGGCAGACGACUUUUUUUAUAUAUAAUACCCUACCAUCUAUCUAUAACUAAUUUGUUUUUAAGUUAUGACAAAAUAAUAGCAAUUGCGUAUUACAAAACAAAAAACAUAUAAAUAUUUAAACUUAAUAAAACUAAACCGCAAAUGAUUGUUCUUUAAACCGAAAAACCAG